AUGGCGCCAAGAAGUGAGACAGUAACACAGAUAGAACCCGUCAUUUCAGCAGAAAAGAAGUCUUCCGAAAGUACUCAAAAACGCCCAGCACCGCAAAUCGUCUGGAAGAAUGUUUAUUUCAUGGUGGUACUACAUCUGCUGGCAUUAUACGGCAUUUAUCUUCUACCCAGUGCAAAUCCGCGGACUUGGUUAUGGACUUGGUUGUGUCAUUUCCUUGGAGGGCUCGGUGUAACUUGUGGAGUACAUAGACUUUGGUCUCACCGAUCUUACAAGGCUACGUGGCCUCUACGACUCGCGCUCAUGUUCAUGAAUUGUGUCGCCGGGCAAAAUGACAUUUUUGAGUGGGCGAGAGACCAUCGGGUUCAUCACAAGUGUUCUGAAACCGACGGAGACCCGCACAACGCGAAAAGAGGAUUUGUUUUCGCGCAUAUUGGAUGGUUGAUGGUCAAAAAGCACCCAGAUGUGAUAAAGAAAGGGCAGCAGUUGGAUCUUAGCGAUUUGUAUGAAGACAAAAUCGUUAUGUUUCAGAGGAGGUAGUAAGACCAAUAUUUAAAUGUGUUUUAAGAGCUUAAUUAUUUAUGCUGUUAGUAUAUCCACCUGCUGUUGAUAACAACUACCACCCUUCUCCCUGCAAGGUUAAAAAUAUAAUUGGCAGAAGAACAAGAGCAUGAGGAAAACUAAGGGGAGCUUUAAGUGUUUCUAUGCACUAUUAUAUUAUAAAUGCUAUUACGUUACAUAAACUUUUUCACUGUUGUGUAAAAGUACCCCUCCUCAUGUCUAGGAGCAGAUAGUGACAUUUAAGGGGCUGGUCAUUUAUUACCUGUUGGGGGGGUGGGUGGGGGGCAUUUGUGAGAAAACUUAGAAGAUUUUCAAACCGACCCCCAAUUUAUCCUAACUUUUUAAAAAUGACCCCCCAUAAAUUUUAAAUAAUGUGAAAGUGACCGCCCAUUAGACUGCGGUGGAAACUACAAAUAUUCUGUUACAAAAUCAUGCCAAAGUUCACCACAUACUAUAGAGCGGUGUUUACUACUUACUGCUGCUGCAUUCAGUUUCAAUUCAUGCUUGUUACUGCUUUGAGCUACUUUCAUGAAAUUGAUUGUGACCCCCAGGUAAUACUCCCUUAUCAGAAAAUGACCUGCCCCUAACUAAAAAAACAAUCAAGAUUUUGAAAAUGAGCCCCCAGCAAAAUAGCCGGCCCCACCUCACAGGUAAAAAGUGACCAGCCCCUGAAGGUUUAUGUUGGUGUUGAUUUAACAUGAGGCUUUUGUUGCUGCUUCAGAUAGUUAAGUUGAAAGGAGUACCAAAAAAAGUCCUAACAAAUAACUUAAAGGAAGAUUGUUAGAUUUACUAAAUGUUUUUCUUUACCUUAUUCCAGG